GCGAUUAAUCUACUCAUUCUCACAUCUGAUGUGCUCCCGAGUUUGUGUUCACGCUCUAGCCACAAUUUAGUCGCGGGAGUGCUCCGAUACUUCCAGUAGAUAUACUCUCACUUCAAUUUUCAUACUAUUUUCCCUCAUUUACCAACGAUUCGCUCUUUCCCCUCUCCGUCUUGCCGAACCGCACGCAGAGAGGCCUUAUCUCGGCCCAGCCUACGAUCGCGAAGGAAGUCUAGGAAGAUCGUCAACACCGAUCGGAACUGAUCUAAAGAACCCCCAAUUCGGGGCUUUCUCGUUCGGUAGUUUCAGUCCCGUUCUCGCUGCAUUCAAUCCGAAAUUCGGAUUCCGUUAACAAUCGAUGUUUCAGCCGUCCCACUUCCACCCCAACGACUGCGCGGCAUGUUUGACGAGCAACCCAACCUCAUCCAAGAGUACGAAUUCUCGGAGGAGGAUGACUGGCCGUGGGAGAAGCGGAGAAGAGCGCCGGUCCCGCUGUUCCUCAUCCACGACGGCGGCGGCACCAUUUUCUCGUACUACUGCCUCCGCGAGCUCGACCGCCCCGUCUACGGCAUCGCUAACCCCAACUUCGACUCGGGCGCCGCCUGGGCCGGGGGCAUCCCCGAGAUGGCGCGGCACUACCGCGCCUUCAUCCGCUCGGCCCUCCCCUCGGGCGGGGACGUCAUCGUGGGCGGGUGGUCGCUCGGCGGCCUCAUCUCGCUCGAGAUCGCCCACCAGAUCGCCGAGGAGGCGAGGCGUUCCCCGCCGGGCGAGCCCCGCCUGAGGGUGGUCGGGAUCGUCAUGGUGGACUCGGUCUGCCCCGUCAUCGGGACCGCGUCGUGGCGGCCGAUCGUGGAGCACAACAUUGUGUGGAGUGAGAACACGCGGGAGGAGACCAAGCAGAAGGUGAUGCGCUGCUUCUCGGAGGCGCUGAGGAUGGUCAGGGAGUGGAAGCUGCCGGAUUGGGAGGGGGAAGAGGGAGAAGAGGGGGAGAGGGGGGAAGAGGGCGACGACGGGGAGAGGGCACCGCCACCGCUGCGACCCCCGCCCGUCGUGCUGCUUCGCGCCCUCGAAUGCGUCCCAGAGCCCGGAGAAGGACUGAGCAGGGUGGACGUCUACCGGUCGGACCCCCAGCUCGGUUGGGGGCUCUACAGGAAAGAUCUGAUCGCCAAGGUCAUCGAUAUUCCCGGGCACCAUUUCAACCUCUUCCAUACCGAGGAGAACUUGGAUGCAACGACCGAGGCGAUCAAGAAGGCUUGUCGGGAAAUCGAGAUGAGGGCCAACUUUGGCAGCCAUACUUCGGAAUGAGACGCCGGGUGGGGGGGUUCCACUUUGAUUUCAGCGAGUUGGCGCCCUGCGACCGGAAGAAUUGAAUAAUGACUAGAAUCCCAAGAGGAAAAAAGAAAGUAAGAUGUUGAUACUAAAUCUUGGAAAAUAGAAUGGUUCAUGUCACAUUUUGACUCACCGCAUGCUGA